CAGUUGACCGCGAGUUCUCACGAUCGUGACACUUUUGAUUCGUAAUUUAUGCUAAGUGGCAACUUGUUUCUCGUUCUUUAUGAACUGAUUGACGAAAAAACAAUUAUUAUUGUAUAAUUAAUUUUUUUAAAAUAAAACUUCCGAAUAGAAAUCAUCAAAAGUCAUUUGUUUUAGUGUACAGAAUAAAGAAAAACUUUUAUAAAAUAUAAAUUCAACACACUCGAGACUUUUGUCUCGAUGGGAAAGUUCUUCUUCUUUCCUGCCAUGAGUCUCUCGUUGGAGAUAUGCAGAAACCUUUAAGAGAGCUAAGCCGGCUGUGCUUAGGUACUAGUGGUCAAAAUAAUGCAGUAGUUGUUACAGCAGAUGUUUGUACUGAACCACCAAGUGGUUUACCAUUACUCCAAGUAUGGCCAAGCGAAUCACCCAGAGGCGAAGGGGAUGGGCAAGCCUUCAUCUUCCCAGAUACUCAUCAGGACAGCAUCAACGACAGUGGCAUAGAAUCUAUCCAGCGAGAUGAUAAUUAUCGGGCAUCCUCGCAAAAGGCAUCACCAUCGCCGUGUGGCGCGGCAUGCAGCAGUGUAGCAGUCAGCCCUCAGCAAUCUCGACGGCCAAGUCUUCUACAUCCAGAUCAUGCUCGGCUACAUCUCUAUCAUUUGAGACACAAUCAUGGAGCAGCGGAUCGGUCACCUCAAUCGCCAGACAGAAAUUCUAUCGACGAAGAACAAGCACCGCCAGCACCACCGAGUCCGUCCAGUUCCACCAGCAGCCUCAGGUCCAUGCCAAGUUCAACCAUGGCUUCAGUUCAUUCUACCCACGAUAGAAGACGAAGCAGCCGGUACAGUGUUUUCGAUGCACUCGAUUUGGAAUACGCAUUAUUACGUGCUGCAGCCCGUGGAUCUGUUGGUCCAUAUUCUCUUUCUGAAUCUCUUCACAAGCUGACCUUCACGCAAAGUCUAGCAUUUCCAGCAUUAGCACGGGGUCUCGCGUCCAAACAAAGUGUACCCACUAGACGCCCUCAACAACACUCAGAAAGUGGUUUAAAUGCUUUUGCUAAAGUAGUUACAGCAUUGGUACUGAUGCUUGUGAGCGUUCUUGUGUUCGGGAUUGUUUAUAAGUUUGUAAGGACGUGAGGGUGGCUGCUGGUACCUGCUGACCAUUUAGACUCCUCAGACAAGUUGAUACAUGUAGAUGGUAAUGAUCCAGGUACCGGCGAUCCUUUUUCAGUGAAUAUUUGAUGUGAUAGUGAACUAUUUAUUUAUUUAACCUAUUUCAACAAGGUAAUUUAUUUUCAUUUAGUUGGCAAAGAGUGAUAAUGGAUUAUUUACCAAUAUAUUUUAUAAAUGUGACAUCAGUAUUAAAAAUAUUUUUUGAUGAAUUAUGGAGGUUUAAAUGUCAUGCUGCUAUAUAUAGAUGAUAAAUUCAUAUAAAUUUUGUUAUAUUAUAUUUUAAAUAUCUACAAUAUUGUGAAUAGCUUAUAAUGGAUUUAAUGUCAAAGCUGAAGUUCUUGUUGACUUAAAAUACUUGUAAUGAAUGCGCUAUCGUUCUAAUUACUCUUCUAAGUAUUGAUUAAAAACUUCCACCUCGAUAAACACUAUUCUAUGAACUGUGAAUGUAUUCCAGGAAAUUUGUAUCAAUGUUUUCUUGAAGAUAUUCCUUUUAAUUAGCUAUUGGAGCUGCGAUAUUAUUUGAAUUAUGAAAUAUUUUUCAUUCUAUUGUAAAUUUGUUCAAAGUAUUCAAUGAACUCUUUUGAAAGUGGUGAUUUUAUCGAGUUAAUAAUAUAAUUCAGUAAGAGUCUA